AGCUUUCAGGUCAGGAAAAGCUACCAGGCAGCCGCCGAGAGAUCAAUAAGAGCACAACUGAAGAAGAGAACGCCUGCCCGUUAAUUGACUGUAUUGCUGUGUUCUUCAUAGUCUAUAAACAGAACCUCAUGUGUUGUGCAUUAUAACGAGACGUCAAAAUUUGGUUCUAUUCUGCUAUUUAAUAUUUGGUAUUGCGAUAAACAGUCGUGUAUAUUUAGAUAUGAGAGAUACCCUUCAAAAUAGUUAUAAAAAAUUAUAUAAACUGUUUUAUUUUCGGAGCUUAAAUGUAUAAAUAACAGACAAACAUCCCUCGAAUCUUGUGUGGACCCCUGUUCAUUUGUUUAUAUUUAUGUAAGACCACGACAGAGCACAAUAUUAACUGUCUGUAAUAUUUUUUUCUUUUUCUUUUGUGUGAGAACCAGUUAUGUAGUCGCCAUUAUUUUCUAUAAGCAUUUUUAUUUCUGUGAUAUUAAAAUUAACCCCACUAAAAGACUAAAAUUAAUUUGUAAUAUUUUAAUCUUACUCAUUUCGCGUACUAGGAUUUUUCCUACAAUUUACAGAAAUUUCUUCUUGUUGAAAUAAGUAUUUAUAUGACUGACGUUUUAUCUAGUUAAGUUAGCUUAAUGUUCCGAUGAAGUUUUUAUUUCUUGGAAAAUAUGAAGUGUUCUGGACGUUAAUCAUCAUCUCCGUCAUCAGAGAAAGCAAAUAGAAAGUCGAGGCCUUCUCUACGAAAACAAUUUUUCCGCUUGAAUCUUCUCGCAGCUUACACAGUUAUCAAUUAAAGGAGUGAUGACGCCAUAAAGAAGAAAACAGGGACGCCGGGAUACCAAGUGCAAAGCCCAGAAUAAUGCGCUGGACAAUUCCUGUUCCAGUUGUUCUGCUAGCAUCUAUCUCAUAUACAACUGGGGAAUGUUUCCCUCUGAUAAUCCUAGCAGCUGUGUCAUUAACCGAAGAGGAAUGUCAGACGCGGUCCAUAUACUGCUACGAAUGCGACAGUUGGACGGAUAUCCGCUGCAAGGAUCCAUUCAACUACACAGCCCUACCACGUGAUCAACCUCCACUGAUGACAUGUAAUGGCUGCUGUGUGAAAAUGGUCCGAAAUGCAAGAUCACGAGGCACAAGAAAUAUGAGAGUGUACGCCGUACUUGUACGUCACAGCUACAGAUCAACUUAUUCAUGGUGGAUCACGUCUGCAUGAUGGAAAGUAGCGGCACGGGUCACAUGUGCUUCUGCGAAGAGGAUAUGUGUAAUGCGGCAAUGUCUUCCCUCAACAAACCCUCUCUGUUACUUCAUUCACCAUUCCUUCUAG